AUGCGCCUUUGCAUGCGCAGCACAACGCCCACUGCCCAAUGGCUCGGCGUCGCAGAGCGCACCACCUGGCGCUGCACUGCCUUGCUCAUGGCGGGCCUCCGUGACUGCUUGCAGAACGUCGCCAUUCCGUUCGUCGACGCCGUCCGUCCCUGGCACCACCAGACAAGCAUGCUGUGCACGACGCAGUUGCAUGCCGCGCAUCGCACGCACGCAGGUGCCAUGUGCGGUGGAUGCCGUGGCAUUUAUUUCAUCGCCGCUUGCCGGUGGCGAAGGCGCCGAGAGGCCAUGCUCCCACGUUCCAUGGCCCCGCCUACCAGUGACGACGAGCGUCGAGAGGUACGUUUUCGUCGUCCGUCACUCGUCAUUUGUCUCACCACCACGCUCACCACCUCCUCCUGCUCCGGCGAGACCAUGCCGUCCGCUCCUUUGUCGGCUGUGCUUCUUCGCCGUGCUCCUCUCGCCCGCCUCGCCUGCAUUCCUGCCGCGAUUCCUGCCCGCAUCCCCCUCGUCUCGUCGACGGCGUCGGGUCGCAGCCACAGCCAUCCGCAGCGCCGCUCUCCUCUCGUCGGCCGGUCCGUCGUCAACCACGUAUUCGAACGAUGGGCUGUACUCGUGCUCGCUGUGCCUCGUGCAUUCGUCGCAUCCGCAACGCAACCAACCAACCGUGAGGUGCGGGCGAGUGCUCUCCCCGAGGCGUGCGAGCACCACCAACUUGCGGUGCUUGUCCUCGCACACCUGCUGGCCGCUGCGUCGGCGGCACAACGUACAGCGACCGAUGAUUUGACUUUUUUGCGCCCAUUCAUUCGUCCAUCCUUCCUCGACCUGCACCCGCUCGAAUCCCCUCGCACCGGUUUUUUUUUCCUGCCCAUCUCGGCCGCCGGCGACAACUGCACCACCGCAGCUGCCGGACAUCAGGACCAUCCAUCCGUUUCGACCGCCGACUUUGCACCUUUGAGCGAGUCUCCAACUUGCCGACGCCGGCUUCGCACCGUCACCCACGGCCUCGACCCCGCCGUUGCUGCACACCACGGCGCGGCCGACGGACCGCCCGUCUCACCAAGGCCAAGGGCCCCGCGUGAAUUGCAAGACGGCCAAGACAACGUCAGACCGGCUGCCGCACCCGACACGACGGACAAGAUGCCGUUCCGACAACGCAUGGCCCGUCACUUUGGCGACUCGCUCUCGCCCGAAAAGGCCUACCUCAGCUACUACGACGUCUGCCUCACCGUCGAGGACGUCAAGAUGCUCAAGAACGAUUGGCUCACCGACAACAACAUCGCCUUCUGGGAGGAGUACCUCGAGCGGGAGACGCUCUCUCGCUACCCGCAGGCCCACAUCGUCCUCCUCCGUCCGAGCAUGACCUUUCUCCUCAUGAAGGAGCCCGACGCCCGUCUCGUCCGGUCGGCCCUCCCCAACUUCGCCAAGGUCACCCACAUCUUCCUGCCCAUCAACGACAACCCGAGCGUGUCGACGGCCGAGGGCGGCAGCCACUGGUCCCUCCUCCUCGUCUCCGUCCUCGACGGGCUCGCCUUCCACUACGACUCCAUGGGCAGCGGCAACGUGGCCGAGGCGAGCGUCGCCGCCCGCAAGCUCGCCGGCAUCCUCGCCCGUCCCCUCCGCUUCAUCAACCUCGCCGACACGCCCCAGCAGGAGAACGGGAGCGACUGCGGCGUCUACGUCUGCCUCCUCAUGCGCCACCUGCUCGUCAAGCGCCUCCUCUGCGCCAACGCCCGCGAGAAGGUCUCCAUGAGCAUGGCCGGCAAGAUGGUCGACAGCUACGGCGGGCGCAAGGAGAUGCUCCGCAUCAUCGAGAACCUCCGCAAGGAGGGCGAGCGCCGACGCAGUGCGAGCCCCUUCACGAGCAACAAGACGCCGCCGCGAAUUGAAUAG